AUGGGUCCGAAUAGACAGCGAAAGGCGAGGGAGCCCGCACGCGGUCGGGGGCGUGGGCGUGGUGGACGCGGUGCUGCACCACCGCCAAAGGCGCCACCCUCGAUGCUCUCCCGCGCUGGGAGAGACAUGAUCAUUGAUGUCCUUCAUCAUGCAGCAACCGGUGGUGUGGUGCCUGUCCCCGAAAAGCAUUUUGACCCAAGUUCGGGGUCGCGUAUUACGUUUCAACGUAACUUGCCGCUAACUCCUUCAGAAAUCCUGCAAAGGCUUUACGAAGGACUUGGUUUCCCACCAGACCUUACCACACAGUACGUGACGGAUCUAAUGGGGGAAUCAAGGCUACCACCCUUUACUUCCAUUACGGAAUUGUUAAGUGAAGGUGGGCUCUGUCAGCCGUUUCUCGUGAAGAGUUGUUUUGAUUUGUUCUCGUAUAUGUUGUGGUAUAGUCGAGAAGAGGUGGAGGUGAUUCUGACAGAUGAAGAGGGGGAUCAAAUACUUGAAGGGGAGGUUGAAGCUGUACAAACAUUGUUUGAGGACAGCUUCUUGGGCAUGAGGAACUUUGAUGAUGACGAUGUCGAGGACCGUGAGCUUUACUUCUCUUUUUUGACCGAAAAUGAGAAGGGUGUGCUGAUCUCUGUUCGCAUCCCUGACCACUACCCUGUUGACCCACCUCUUGUGUUUAUUCAGCCGCGCAAACAACAGGUUGGUGGGGGGUUGCCUAUUCUAGCCGUUCUUCCGUCAGACACGAAGGAGGUAUCUGCUGCUGCGCGUCGGUCCGUGCUGGAUGCUGCGGUUGAAGCUAUUAAUGGUCUUGCAGGUGAAGGCUGUCUUGUGGCUUUACUCUCUGCUGUUCAUGGAGCUGUUUCGUCGAUUAGUGAUCUACCUAGGCCAGAAAACGAGCGGCAAUCACUAAAGGAACAGCAGACCGCCAGAGAUGAGAAAACUACUUUAGCCGCACAACGAGAGGCGUUCGCGGGCGCUCUAACAGCUCCUCAGAGAGCUCCUUCGCCGACUGAUGAUGCCCGUCCUGCGUCGUGCUUUAUGCCACCGAAAGUUGAGCUCAAUACAGUCGAUUACACACAUCGUGAGGAGGAUUAUAUACGUCGUGAAUUUCUGAAGCGUGAUAAGGAACUUGACACCAAACUAAUGAUGGAAUGGGAAACACUUAAAAUUGCUGGAACAAUGAAAAAUGCACGUGCACAAUUGCCCGCCUUUCAGGCUCGUGAAGAGCUUCAAGAAGCACUUUCAAGGCAUCAGGUUGUAGUUAUUGGUGGCGAGACCGGUAGCGGCAAGACGACACAGAUACCGCAGUAUCUUUAUGAGUUUAUGUGUGAAGAAGGUAGAGGUAGUUCAGCUAAUAUAGUGUGUACUCAACCGAGAAGGCUGGCUGCAACGUCUGUCGCUCUUCGGGUUGCAGAGGAACGUGAUGAAGCAGUGGGUGGUGUGGUGGGCUAUACAAUUCGUCUGGAAAAUUGUGUUUCGAGGCGUACACAGAUAACCUACUGCACCACAGGUAUCGUUUUGCGACGUCUGCAGGUCGAGAAGUUUCUGGGUCGUGUCAGCCACAUUGUCGUGGACGAGAUCCAUGAGCGUGGCGUAGAUACGGACUUUCUGCUCAUCCUACUGCGUGACCUCAUCAAGCGUCGAGCAGACCUAAAGGUGGUGUUGAUGAGCGCAACAAUGGACUCCGGGCUCUUUGCCCGUUAUUUUGGUGGGGCCCCCAUUAUUUCUAUUCAAGGUCGCACAUUCCCUGUGCAAGUCUUUCAUUUAGAGGAUGUCAUUCCCAUGGUUGGUUAUACACUUGAGGACGGGUCACCGUACGCUAAGUGGGAGGUGAGGAAAGAAGAGCGGCGUCGUAACACACGAAAGCAUAUGACAAGUAUUGACUUUGACGAGGUUGAAGAAGCGUGUGAGAUAGUCGCGGACGAGCAAAGCCUUGUUGCGAAGAUGAAUGUGGCGCCGAAAACUCUAGAGACAGUUCUAAGGAUGAACCUUGACAUCAUCAAUUACGAACUCAUUGAGUAUAUUGUCGCGCACAUCGACACUGUGAUGAGAAUGGAGGGAGCCAUUUUGGUUUUUCUUCCUGGUAUGGCAGAGAUAGUGCGGUGUAUGGAACAACUAAGGUCUAACCCCAAGCUGGCCCAAAGUUGCUUGAUUUAUAAUCUUCAUAGUUCUUUGGGUUCGUCAGAGCAACAAGGUGUCUUUCGGCGGCCACCGAAAGGGAAACGCAAAGUAGUCAUCGGAACGAACAUUAUGGAGACCUCUAUUACCAUUGAUGAUGCAGUAUUCGUCAUCGACAGUGGCAAGGCUAAAGAAAAUCGAUACGACGCUAAGAAAAGUCUCUCACAGUUGGUGACAGUGAAUGUGUCAAAAGCAAACUGCCGACAGCGCCAAGGGCGUGCCGGACGUGUGAGGGAAGGUUUUUGUUUUCGCUUGUUCACCAAUGCACAAUUCGAGGCAUUGGAGGAUCAUCAACUAUGCGAAAUGCAUCGCGUACCCCUUGAAAGUCUUGUCCUGCAGAUCUAUUCACUCAAUUUGGGUGAUGAAGUGGAGUACCUUCAAAAGGCUCUUUCGCCACCUGAGGAGCGCGCAGUGCGAAGUAGUGUUAAAGCUCUUACAACUCUUGGAGCACUAACGUUUAAUAAGCACCUAACAUCUCUUGGACAGCACUUGGCAAACUUGCCGCUAGAUGUGCGCAUUGGAAAAAUGAUUAUUCAUGGGGCUAUUUUGCACUGUGUGGAUCCAGUGUUGACGAUUGCAGCUUGUCUUGCCAUACGAAGUCCUUUUCUGUCCGCGAUGGAUUAUAAAACUGAGGUGGAGGGAGUACGGAAAGCACUUGCUGGUGAAUACAUGUCAGAUCAUUUGGUGUCAUGGUUCGCCUAUGCUCGCUGGAUCGCGGUGCAACAUAAGGAGGGAAAUUCUGCUGGAAGGAACUUCUGCACUCGUUACUAUCUCUCCCCGGCAACCCUCCGACAGAUUCAGGCAACUAAACGACAGUAUGAACGUUACCUCUUCGAGGCAGGUUUCAUCGAGGACAAACCGACUCAGACAUCUCCUGAUCGUUUCCUUUAUGAGCCUGUUAUCACCCUUGACGACUGUAUUUACGAGUCUGGUGGGGCGCUUUUCAACACCAACGCUCGGAGUGUAAAGUGCAUUCUCUCCUGUAUUGUUGCUGGCCUUUACCCAAACAUCGCUCGAGUGAAAACCAAUGCGAAUAGAAAAGGGGGUUGCUUUGUUAAUAUCACGACAUUUGAUGGGUCGGAGGUUUUGGUUCAUCCCUCUAGUGUUGCAGGCAAAGAAAAGAGGUUCACCUCGCCUCUUCUCGUAUAUGUCGACAAGGUGAAGACGUCUGCCACGUUUUUGCGAGACGUUUCGAUGGUGACACCGUUGCAUGUUAUACUUUUUAGCGGUGGUAAGUUGGAGUACCUACCAAAGUAUGGUGAGCUUGUGGUGGAUGAAAUGACUGCUUUUAAGUGUCAGAGUGAGGAUGCAGCAUUAUUGAAACAUCUAAAGGACCAACUUGACUCCGCCCUUAGCCAAAAAAUUAAUGAUCCCUCACAGAGCUGGGAAUCGGCCAGCAGCGUGGUUGUUCGUGCUAUCCUUAAGCUGCUAAAGGAUGAUUUUGAGAGCGUGAGAAACUUAACCAUCGUCGAUAGGCGGCAGCCCCAAGUUCCUCUCACAGCUCCUUUGGCUCCACCCGAAGAAACUGAGAAAAACCAGAGAGAGGCGAAGAAGUCUUGUUUCUUCUGUGGUGAAGUGGACCAUGUGGCUCGGUGCUGUCCUCGUAAGUUGGCAGCACCAAAAGGAGGUCCAAGUGUUCGUUGCUUUGUUUGUGGCGACUGGCAUCACCCAACGGAGUGCACAGUUGUGGCCUCCAUUUCCUGA